AUGUCAUACAAGAUCGCCUCCGACGCAGCCCUCUCCCCGCCCAACGGCCCCGCCAUGGUGGCCUUUAUGGAACAGUUCUACGCCACCAGCGACACAGAGUCGCAGCACGAGCAGUACCUCGCCAAUUUCACCCCCGAUGCAACCCUGAUCAUGGGGCCCAAGUCCGCGACCGGCUCGGAGGAAAUCCUAGCCCUCCGUCAUGGCCUCUGGACGCACGUCGCAGCGCGCGCCCACUUCCCCGCCCGCAUCUACUUUGGCGGGAAGAACGAGCUCAUGCUCUAUGGCACCGUCAAGUACCGGCUCAGGGCGGAUCCAAGCAACGAGGUCGAGCGCGCUCCCUUGCUUGGUUGUUUCCGUGGCUGA